GGAGAGCACGGGAAGGGCAGGCCUGUGGAUGAUGGGCACGACCGCCAGCACGGCUCAGCAGACGGUCUCAGCCUCUGCCUUUGAGAGCGUGCACGGCAUUGGCACCAUGGAGGACCAGCGCUCCCUGAGCAUCCACUCCUUCCAGACCCUCGGGCUGCACAAUAGCAAGGCCAAGUCCAUCAUCACCAACAAAGUGGCACCAGUGGUCAUCACGUAUAACUGCAGGGAGGAGUUCCAGAUCCAUGAUGACCUGCUGAAGGCCAACUACACAGUGGGACGCAUCUCUGAGGCCACGCUGGAACACUACCUGGUGCAGGGAAAAUAUUUCAUGGUCAGAGAUGUAUACAGCAAGUUGGAUGUCUUGAACACUAUGAGCACCAGUGGUGCUCCGAAUUUCCGGCAAGCCAAAGGAGGCUACGCAGUGUUUGGUAUGGGUCAGCCCAGCCUCAAUGGUUUCAAGCUUGUGCUGCAGAAGCUGCAGAGAGAAGGCCACAAGGAGUGUGUUUUCUUCUGUGUUCGUGAGGAACCCGUGCUGUUCUUGCGGGUGGAGAGCGACUUUGUGCCCUACACACCACGGGGCAAGGAGAACCUCCAUGAGAACCUCCACAGUUUGCAGAGGAGGCUGCGUGUGGAAGACCUGGAGCUCACCAUCCGCAAAGAGAUCCAUGACUUUGCACAGCUGAGCGAGGGAGUCUACUAUGUCUACAAUGACAUCGAGCGCUUUCGGGACGAGCCGCACACCGUGCGGGUGCAGAGUGAGGAGGACAUCCAUGUGACAGAGGAGGUAUAUCGCCGGCCCAUCUUCCUCCUGCCCACCUACCGCUACCACCGCCUGCCCCUGCCCGUGGAUGGGGCCCCUCUGGAGGAGCAGUUUGAUGCUUUCAUCUGUUUUCUUAGGGAGAGCCCUGGCCUGCUGCUGCGGGAUCCCAGCUGCCCCCCGCCAGCACUGCUCUUCAGCUGCCAGACUGGUGUGGGCAGGACCAACCUGGGCAUGGCCUUGGGCACCCUCAUCCUCUACCACCAUCGGGGAGCAGCACCAAAGCCUGACCCCCCGCAUCCAGCCAAAACGCCUCCAAGGGCCAGGUUUCGGGUCAUCCAGAGCUUCAUUGAGAUGGUACCCAAAGGGCAACAGAUGGUGGAGGAGGUGGACAGCGUGAUUGCCUCCUGUUCAGAGAUGCACGACAUGAAGGAAGCUAUCUAUGAGUCCAAGAAGAAGCUGGAAGGGAUUGGAGAAGACUACCAGAUCCAGGGGAACAGCACCAAAGAAUAUUUCCUCCAGAGGACUCUGCAGAGCCUUGAACGCUAUUUCUACCUGAUUGCCUUCAACUACUACCUUCACGAGCAGUACCCCCUGGGCUUUGCCCUCAGCUUCAGCAGGUGGAUGUGCCAGCACCCUGAGCUCUACCGGCUGCAGGCGAGCAUGAACUCCUCUGAGCUCACCAUCUCCGGGGACCUCAUCACCAAAGGGACGCGAGUGUUGGUGGUGGACGAGCGCUUCUGCCCAGAUGUGCUGAGCACUGUGAAGGAGAUGAGCGUAGCCAAUUUCCGACGGGUGCCUAAGAUGCCCAUCUAUGGGACAGCACAGCCCAGCUCCAAGGCCCUUGGCAGUGUCCUGCGGUACCUGACAGAUGCAAAGAGAAAGCACUCGCACAUCUUGUGGGUCAGCCUGCGGGAAGAGGUGGUGCUGGAGGGGAAUGAGCAAAUCUACACACUCAGGGAGCCAGGAAAACUCGACCAGCUCAUCCCUGUGCCGGUAUCCACGCCUGAGCAGCUGGAGAAACUUGAGUCCACGCUGAAGGGUGACCUGCUGAAGUCACAGAAGUGGCUGGAGGUCUACCUGGAAGCAGAGAAACAGAUGAAGAUGUUCAAGAGCUGUCUGACCACACAGGAGAUCUUCAACCAGCACAAAAGCACCUGCCAGGGCCUGACCUACCGGCGCAUCCCCAUCCCUGACUUCUGUGCUCCCAAGGAGCAGGUAGCAGCACUGCCACCAAUUCUCAAGCUGCCUUUGGUUGGGUUGAGAGCAGCAAGUGAAGCUCCCGCUGUUCUACCUGUGUUCCAGGUAGUGAUGAAGGUGGUCCAACUCCUGCCUGACGGUCACCGGAUGAAGAAGGAGGUGGAUAUGGCUCUGGACACGGUCAGCGAGACCAUGACGCCCAUGCAUUACCACCUCCGAGAAAUCAUCAUCUGCACCUACCGGCAGGGGCGGUCGGGCAAGGAUGAGCAGGAGCGGCGGCUGCUGCGGCUGCGGGGCCUGCAGUACCUGGAGCGCUAUAUCUACCUGAUCCUCUUCAAUGCCUACCUGCACCUGGAGAAGAAGGACUCCUGGCAACGGCCCUUCAGCCUCUGGAUGCGUGAGGUGGCGGCCGUGGCUGGUGUGUACGAGGUGCUGGAUGGGCUGGGCUUCCCCGAGCUGGAGCAGCUGGAGGAUGAGGAGCCACUGCGGAGGCUGCGCGGGCGCUGGAGGGCACAGAGCGGGGCCGGCUGGCCCAGCCGUGGGAACUUUGUGUAGGGACAGAGACUGUGUGCCCCAAAAAUGAAAAGG